GCAGAGGUGGGAUCUUUUAGCAACCGUCCAUCUUCACUUCAGCUAUAUUCCAGAGAACGAGCUUGUCGAAAAGAAAACACAAUUUGGAAGUAAAGAAGACUUUCUGGAAUAAGUUUUGGCUGUUAUUGAAAAAAAGACAAACGAUAGCCCAUAUCAUAGCUAACUUUGUGACAGACGGAAUGUGGACAUCGUCGUAGUCAGAGCCAUGGCUGACAAGAGAAAACUUCAAGGUGAGAUUGACAGAUGCUUGAAAAAAGUAGCGGAAGGUGUAGAACAGUUUGAAGACAUUUGGCAAAAGCUUCACAAUGCAGCUAAUGCAAACCAGAAGGAAAAAUACGAAGCUGACCUCAAGAAGGAGAUUAAAAAAUUACAGCGAUUGAGAGAUCAGAUAAAAACAUGGGUGGCCUCCAACGAGAUCAAAGAUAAACGGCAGCUAGUCGAGAACCGCAAGCUCAUCGAGACGCAAAUGGAGCGGUUCAAGGUGGUGGAGCGGGAAACAAAAACCAAGGCCUACUCCAAAGAAGGUUUGGGGCUGGCUCAGAAGGUGGAUCCGGCUCAGAGGGAGAAGGAGGAGACGGGGCAAUGGCUCACGAACACGAUAGACACUCUGAACAUGCAGGUCGAUCAGUUUGAGAGCGAGGUGGAGUCUCUUUCGGUUCAAACGCGAAAGAAGAAAGGUGACAAAGAGAAGCAAGAUCGCAUCGACGAGCUCAAGCGCUUGAUCGAAAGGCACCGCUUCCACAUUCGCAUGCUGGAGACCAUCUUGCGGAUGCUGGACAACGACUCCGUGCCGGUGGACGCCAUUCAGAAGAUCAAAGAUGACGUGGAGUAUUACAUUGAUUCUUCGCAAGACCCCGACUUUGAGGAAAACGAAUUCCUCUACGAUGACUUGGACCUGGAAGACAUCCCUGCAGCAUUGGUGGCCACGUCGCCAUCGGGGCAAGGCAAUAUGGAAGAUGAGAUGUACCUCCACUCCAGCAGCACUCCCACUUCAACCACCUCGUCGUCGCCCAUCCCUCCGUCGCCAGCCACUUGUGCUGCGGAGAACUCAGAGGACGAUAAGAAAAGGGGCCGCUCAACAGACAGUGAAGUUAGUCAGUCACCUGUUAAGAAUGGCACGCCCUCCCUGCUCUCCUCCUUCUCCUCCUCCACCACGUCCGGCUCUUCUUCGUCCUCCUCCCUGGUGUCAAUGGCCAGCGUAGUGGGAGGCAUCCCAGUGGUUCCGACCAGCAGCGGCUUGAUAGGAAGCUUCAGCAGCGCCGUGCAACAGCAGCAUCAGCAUCUGCCGGUGCAGCAGCAGCAGCCGCAGCAAGCUCAGCCGCAGAACCCAUCUCAACAGCAGCAGCCCCCACUGUCCAAACCCUCAGUCCCCUCAAACAGCCCCCCUAGUCCGCCCAGCAACUUGCUGCUCCCGGCGUCCUCUGCCCCCUCCGUGCCCACGCCGAGCACGGCCAUUUCAUCUGCCGCCAGUUCCUUGUCUCAGACCUCGUCCGGGUCCGCUUCCGUGUCCAGUUUGGGACUCGGCAUGGGAUUGGGUUUAGGCAAAGGGGGCAUCACGGGGACCAGCGGCGCCAACCAGAUGUCGGCUUUAGGUCUGGGGGUCCACUCGGCGCCGCUCAGCACCAUGGCAGGGCUCAUCUCGGGGUCGACGCCCGCCCCCUACGCGCAGGCGGCGGCAUCAGGGGGCUUGGGCUUGAGCGGCGGUAGCACGCCGGCCAGCAUUUCAGUGGAGAGCAGCACUUCCAUCAUCACCACCUCGGGCUCCAGCGGCGUCACCACCAACGGCGCAGCCACGGCGCUCGGCCUGCUGGGCUCCGGCCACGGCUCGCUGAGCGUCAGCAUUCUGGGCCUGGUGUCGGGCCAGAACGCCUCCUCAGCCACCUCUCAGGUGCCUCCCAGUUCCGUCAGCGCUUCUCCAGGGGUGGUCGGUAUGAUGGGUGGCAACAGCGGCAGCGUCGGGAUUGUCGGGGGCGUGAGCGCCGCGCCGGCCCGACCGCCCAGCGGACUCAAGCAGAAUGGAAGCACAAGUUACAGCGCCGUCGUGGCCGAAAGCUCCACGGAAUCGGCUCUCAGCACGCCGAGCCAGUCUCAAAGCAGCCAGCCGUCAUCCCUCAGUUCCUCCGCCAGCCAGCCGUUGGACAAUGGGCCCAGUUUAAUCAGCUCCAUCACGCUCCCGCCCAGCUCGCCGUCGCCCUCCUUUUCGGACAGCACGCCCGGUGGAGGGAGUCUCCUAAACGGGCCCCACUCCUACACGCAGGCCUCCGAGGGCCUCAAGGCUCCCGAGCCUCUUAUCUCCCUGAAGGCCAUGGCGGAACGGGCGGCCCUGGGAUCAGGCCUUGACGGAGAGAUCCCCAACCUGCACCUAACAGAGCGAGACAUCUUCUCAUCGUCCACGGCGCCCGGCACCCCGGCCGCCCCGCAGCCAUCCGUAUCCGAGGUCAGCAUCCCGCCGUCGCUCGGCGUCUGUCCGCUGGGGCCAACCCCCCUCCCCAAAGACCAGCUGUACCAGCAGGCCAUGCAGGAGUCGGCGUGGACGCACAUGCCGCACCCCUCAGACUCUGAGAGGAUCAGGCAAUACCUAAUGAGGAACCCGUGCCCCACCUUGCCCUUCCAUUAUCAGAUGCCUCCGCACCACUCAGACUCCAUCGAGUUCUACCAGCGACUGUCUACAGAAACACUGUUUUUCAUCUUCUACUACCUGGAGGGCACCAAGGCUCAGUAUCUGUCAGCCAAGGCGCUGAAAAAGCAGUCAUGGAGGUUUCACACCAAGUACAUGAUGUGGUUCCAGAGGCACGAGGAGCCCAAGACUAUCACUGAUGAGUUUGAACAGGGCACUUACAUUUACUUUGACUAUGAGAAAUGGGGCCAGCGAAAGAAGGAAGGCUUCACAUUUGAGUACAGGUACCUGGAAGACCGAGACCUGCAGUGACCGCCCCCCCCCCCUCCCGGAGGACACCGAGAGCCACAAAUGAACUGCUGUCGACAUUCCGAGGCUGAACUCCAAACUGUGGAUAGAGAUUGUGAUGUGUAGUAGAAAACGCUCUCCCCUCGAAAAACCAACAAAAGUAAACACACAAAAAAAAUCAAAGCGAAGAGCGGCGUAUGUAUAGGCUGCGUCUCACGCCGAGUCCCCCUCGCUUAAGUAGCGCCUGGCCCUUGACCAAACGGGGGGGGGGGGGGAAAGCGCCCUAUGGGCUCCUCUUCCUCGUCCCCUUCGAUCAAACUUCCUCGCGCUGCCUGAGCCGAGAGGGUUGCCGCGCGAGGCGUGCGUUUGUGCCUGUUUGUGUGCGCACUCACUAUGUGGCAUUAGGAAAGCCCGACCCUCCCUCUAAUGCAUGUUUCUUACCGUUUCUGUUUUUUCGUUCCUUCAAAAAAAAACAAAAAAAAAACAUUCUGUGUACACGAUCCCGGACGCCUUUUUGACAAAAACAUUUUCUUGAUUAAAUCAACUGCCCAUCUUGUAUUUACUGUAACUUUCUGGUCUAGAACAGGGAGGUACAGUGGACGUUUUAGUCACGGUGCGUAGGAUUGGCUUCGUUUUAAAACCCUGUCACGGUCACUUUUCGACAUAGUGAGCGGUUAUCAAUAGUUUUAUUGAUAUUGUCGUGGUCCAUUUAAACAACGAGAAGACAAAAGGCGGACGGAGAGCGGCCACAGGGCCUCUCCCUGUGACAGGGAUAGUGUCCUAAUCGGACUUGGAUUAAAUUGCUAUGCAAUUGAACUGGUCUCUGACUCCCUCUCUUUACCAAUAAAGUUUGUUUUUAAGUUAAA